AUGUUAGCCAGAGGGAUGAGAAGCGCCGUGUGGGGCUUCCGGGUGUGUCGGACGCUUCCGACCCCGAUGGUAGCUUCACCACGAUUGCUAGCGCUGCAUUACCAACCCCUCAGACUUCUCCACGCCACCCAGUGGGCGCGCCAACGUCGCGACGACAAUGAACCCAAACGUCAGAAGCGUCAACAGCUGCCAGAAGAAAAGCAGAUACGGGACGAGCUCCGCAAUCAAAAGGAGAAGAAGAAGAAGCCUAUUGACUUCACCCCAAAUAACUUGAACGACUUUUCGCGUGGUCCUUACGCUCAGUUCGUUAUCGGUUUCGGGGUCAUGCUCUUGAUCUUCUACUACCUUUCUCGCAAGCAGGAGAUCCCUGACCAGUUGCUGUUCCAAGAGUUUUGCACCAACUAUCUCGAACGCGGUCUCGUCACGCGUCUCGUCGUUAUCAACAAGCACAUUGUUCAAGCUGAGUUGGUUCAGGGGGCCACCGCUGCGACCACUAACGACAACAAUGUGCACCAACUGGCUAAAGGUCCCGUGGUGAUGUUCACCAUUGGUAGUGUCGAGUUCUUUGAGGACGAAAUGAAGGAAAUCCAAGACAAGUUGGGCAUCCCCGUUGAACAGCGGUUGCCGAUCGCCUACGAAGAACGUGGGAACUGGUUGAACUACAUCUUACCGAUUUUGCCUACUGUAUUGCUCAUUGGUGGUCUCUGGUGGAUGACGCUGAGGCGCAUGGGCCAAGCUGGUGGCAGCGGCGGGCCUGGCGGUAUCUUCCAAAUCGGUAAGUCCAAGGCGAAGUUGUUUAACCAAGAGACUGAAGUCAAGGUCAAGUUCAAGGAUGUCGCCGGGUGUGACGAAAGUAAAGAAGAAAUUAUGGAAUUUGUCAAGUUCUUACAAGACCCUGAAAAGUACGAGAAGUUGGGGGCCAAAAUCCCCCGUGGUGCCAUUCUUUCUGGUCCCCCAGGUACGGGUAAGACCUUGCUUGCUAAGGCCACUGCAGGUGAAGCCGGAGUACCAUUUUUGUCUGUGUCUGGUUCCGAAUUCGUGGAAAUGUUUGUCGGUGUUGGUGCUCUGAGAGUGCGUGACUUAUUCAAGACUGCUCGCGAGAUGGCACCUUCGAUUGUGUUUGUCGACGAAAUUGAUGCCAUCGGUAAGGAACGUGGUAACGGUAAGGUUGGCUCCAACGACGAACGGGAAAACACUUUGAAUCAGUUGUUGGUGGAAAUGGAUGGGUUCAGUACCAGCGACCACGUCGUGGUUCUUGCGGGUACUAACCGGCCCGAUAUUUUGGAUAAAGCGCUUUUGCGUCCCGGUAGAUUUGACCGUCACAUUAGCAUUGACGUUCCUGACGUUGAAGGUCGGAAAGACAUUUUCAAGGUUCACUUGAACAAACUCACGCUCAAAUGCGUUGAGGACAUCAAGCAAGACGACUUUGCCGAGUACAAGAAGCAGCUGACCGAAGCUAUCGACCAGCUUGCCGGCCGGUUGGCGGCGUUGACUCCUGGCUUUGCUGGUGCUGACAUUGCCAACUGUGUCAAUGAGGGGGCGCUUAUUGCUGCUCGUGAAGACGCUCCGGCGGUGGAAACUCACCACUUCGAACAAGCAAUUGAACGGGUUAUUGCUGGUUUGGAAAAGAAGUCGCGAAUCUUGUCGCCGGCGGAAAAGAAGACCGUCGCCUACCACGAAGCUGGGCACGCGAUUUGUGGGUGGUUCUUGCAAUUUGCUGACCCUUUGGUCAAAGUGCUGAUUAUCCCUCGAGGACAAGGGGCCCUUGGUUACGCGCAAUACUUGCCUAAGGACCAAUACUUGUCGCUGACGGAGCAGUACAAGCACCGGAUGAUCAUGACCUUAGGUGGCAGAGUUCUGGAAGAGAUCCAUUUCCCCACUGUUACCCUGGGUGCGUCUGACGAUUUCAAGAAGAUCACACAGAUGGCGCAACAAAUGAUUCUUCAAUUGGGAAUGUCGCCCAAGUUGGGGCAAAUCUGUUACGAGACUGGUGACUCUGGGCUGGGGUUCAAGGUGCACAACAGCUACUCCCAAGCUACUGCGCGGGUGAUUGACGAAGAGGUGAAGCGGUUGAUCGAUGAGGCGCACGAAGCGUGCAAGAAGUUGUUGACGGAAAAGUUGGAGUUGGUGGACCGGGUGGCGGAAGAAUUAUUCGCCAAGGAAGUGUUGACCCGAGAGGACAUGAUCCGGAUCUGUGGACCGCGUCCCUUCCCCGAAAUGAACGAUGCCUUUGACAAGUACAUCAAGGGCACCGAUGCGUUCAAGCCGAGAGAAACUUAA